AUGAAUAUUGUAAUCGAACACCACCCUUCUAGCAUAAAGUUAGUUGAACUUGGAGUAAUGUCAUGGCCUAAAUGGUCUUGCCAGCCGGGGAAGUAUGCAUUGGUAUUUGAUGAAAGAGAGACAUGCUAUUUGGUGAAGGGAAGGGUGAAGGUGUAUCCAAAAGGGUCAUCAGAGUUUGUGGAGUUUGGAGCGGGGGAUCUUGUAACCAUCCCCAAGGGACUUAGCUGCACUUGGGACGUAUCUCUUUUUAUCGACAAGCAUUACAAGUUCGAUCCUCCUACUUCUUCAUAA